AAACUGGUCAGUUAAUACAAGCUCAAGGCUAACUUCUCGUUUUCCGUAACAACUGUAGUUUGAUGUUUGGGCUAGGUUAUUUCUGGAUUUUACUUACGAUAUUGGUUUUUCCUGUCGGGACAAAAAAUGAGGAGUUCGAGGGUUGUUUUACUCAUUUGACCGGGUUGGUGGAAGAUAUAAAUGCGGAUGUUCAAAACAUAACUAUUUUCAACAACCUUAAAAUCUUGCCUCGUAUCAAGAAUAUUAUCCAAAAGGAUUUUUUCCACUAUUUCGAAGUUAAUUUGAAACGCAACUGUCCAUUUUUCGAUGAUGAUAAACGAUGUCCAUCAUCAGACUGUCGUGUGAAUGAUUGUCCAGCUGAAGAAAUUCCUUUGGGUCUGCGUGAAGACUCUCUUAAAUCUUCACCCCAUUAUAAAUAUUCAAAAGAGGCCAAUAUGUAUCCUGAUGAAGAAAUUGAUUGUGGAUUGGGGCAGUUAGACAGUUCGUUAAGUGAAGAACGUAAAACUAUAAUUGCCAAUUGGACACGUCAUGAUAAUGAAGAUGAACUAACAUUUUGUGAACCUGAUGACGAUAGUUCUGGGAAAAUGAUCUAUGUGGAUCUAUUAAAAAAUCCUGAACGGUAUACUGGUUACAAGGGACCUGCUUCUAAUAGAAUAUGGUAUAUGAUAUAUAAUGAAAAUUGUUUCAAUGAAGAUUCAGCAUCGUAUGGUUCAGGCUUUCUUGGUGCAAGUCAGUCAUCGUGUUUUGAAAAGAGAGCAUUUUAUCGAAUGAUAUCUGGAUUGCAUAGUAGUAUCAGUGUUCACUUAUCUUAUCGAUAUCCAUUGAGUCUUUUUACACGGAAUCAACCUAUUUCUCGUGAUUAUGAUAAAAAUAAUCCAGGUUGGGGUCCAAAUUUAGAAGAAUUCCGUCGACGUUUUGAUCCAUCCAUUGUACCAGAUGGUCUAAUUCGAUUGCGUAAUCUCUAUUUCACUUAUCUAGUUGAAUUACGUGCUUUGGCUAAAGCAGCACCAUAUUUACUCAAACAAAAUUAUUUCACUGGUGAUAAUGAAAUGGAUGUGGAGACUAGAAUUGCUGUUAAAGAUUUUUUACAAAUAAUUCAAAAUGAAGGUAGUAUAUUUAAUGAACAUCUUUUAUUCGCUGGAGAUACUACUGAGGCUAAUGUAUUAAAGAAGCAAUUUCGAGAGCAUUUUCGUAAUAUAUCACGAAUAAUGGAUUGUGUUGGAUGUGAAAAAUGUCGAUUAUGGGAAAACUUCAAACUCAAGGUAUGGGUACUGCUUUGAAAAUUUUAUUUUCUGAUACUAUACGCAAAGAGAAUCUAUUGGAUCAAUCAAUUAGUGUUGAAAGUAAUUUCCAGUUGAGAAGAAAUGAAAUAAUUUCAUUAUUCAAUUCAUUCGGUCGUGACCAAAUAUUUUAUAAUCCCAUUUUCUUCUCUCCUAUGACAUUCAAUUCUCUUGUCUACUAAGUUUAUCCACAAGUAUUGGUGCAUUAGAUGAUUUCUGUCAAAUAAUUCAUGAAACAGAAAAACGAAAACGGUAUACAUCAUCGGGAUGAAUAUUGUUUCUAUUUAUUCAUUUGUAUACUUAUUCUAUUGUUCCGAUUUCUUUUGUCUUUCUCCUAUGAAUGUGUUUAUCAGUAAUAUACACUAUUUAUUUGUUGGUCUCUCUCUCUCUUUGUCUGUUUACUACUGAAUAGUAUAACUACUACUACUAGUAGUAGUACUACUACUGUUAUUUGUAUUAUAUACAUUCGCAUCGUCUUUCACUUCUGGUAUUGAAUAAUAACUACAUAAUACCAAUUUAUUCUUCUUAUCUCCUCUAUAGUUGUUCAUGUGUGUUGAAGUAUCCUCUGCAUUGAUUGUACAUACUGUACAUGGUUACUGUAAAUGGUCAUGUGAAUAAAAAUAAAUUUGAGUAAUAAUCAGUUGAAGUAGUAGGCUUAAUUUCACUAAUCAUCGAAGAUUCUUUAUCAGUCAAUGUCAUUUUCUUUCUUUCUUUCUCGAUUAUUACUUUUCUCCUAUCUCCUUUGUAACCACUAACUGUUUCAUUGUAUUUUACUCUAAUCCAUAAUAAUAUCAUUGAAUGCAUAUAUAAUUUGAUCAUAAUAUUUGAUUGAUAUAAUGAUAGAGUUGAUCAUCUAUCUCUCUUCAAAGUUGUUUGAAUAAAUGAAUAUUGAAUGUUAACCUGCCUACUUACUAGUAGUAUGUUUAUUACUGGAAAGUAUUAAACAUACCCUGAAUGUAUAUGUAUACAAACAAACUGUGUGUGUGUGUGUGUUUCUUCUAACAUCUUCACUUUUGCCACCCUUUUCAUUUUCUCUUCUCUUUCUCGUUAAACAACCUGAAAUGUUUUUUUUUCAUUGAAAUAAACUG